ACCAAAACCCCAAAACUUGAGUUUUCUCACUUCUUCGGCAGCCUCCACUGUCCAUUUCACCACCAUUGUCUCUCUCUGCUCUCUCCCUUUCCCGCCUACUUAAACCUCUCAACAGUCACCAAAUGCUUUCACAGGUUCCCAAACCCCUCUCCUUCUUCCAAAACCCAUCGCCCUCCAUUCCCAUUCCCAAUCCCACCACUCCCACUCUCCGCUUCUCAACUCCCAAGCCCUCACUCUCACUCCUCCGCCUCCCUCUCUCUCCUCGCCGGCUCACACUCGCAAUGGCCUCCGAUCCCGGCCGUCCAGACUCCACCGUUCCGCUCCAGCCCAAAAGUUUCGAGCUUGAUCAAUUCGCUGAGGUUGCCAACAAGGUAGCCGAUGCCUCUGGUGAAGUCAUUAGGAAAUUCUUCCGUCAGAAAUUUGACAUUCUCGAUAAAAAAGAUUCCAGCCCUGUGACAAUUGCAGAUCAAACAGCGGAGGAAACUAUGGUUUCGAUUUUAUUAGAGAAUUUUCCUUCUCAUGCUGUAUAUGGAGAGGAGAAUGGGUGGAAGUGCAAAGAGAAGGCUGCGGACUAUGUAUGGGUUUUAGAUCCAAUAGAUGGAACAAAGAGCUUUAUCACUGGAAAACCUGUGUUUGGUACUCUCAUUGCUCUGCUACAGCGGGGUAAACCAAUUCUUGGCAUAAUUGAUCAGCCUAUUUUAAGAGAAAGAUGGGUUGGGAUGAGUGGAAGGAAAACUACAUUGAAUGGGCAAGUAGUGUCUACACGCAAUUGUGCAAAUCUGGCACAGGCAUAUUUGUACACUACAAGCCCACAUCUAUUCAGCCCAGAGGCAGAAGAGGCAUUUAUUCGUGUUAGAAAUAAGGUGAAAGUACCACUGUAUGGCUGUGACUGCUAUGCUUAUGCUCUUCUGGCUUCUGGUUUUGUGGAUCUUGUUGUUGAGUCUGGUCUCAAGCCAUAUGAUUUUCUUUCACUGAUACCCGUGAUAGAAGGUGCUGGAGGUGUUAUUACUGAUUGGAAGGGACAUCAGCUUUAUUGGGAAGCUUCUCCAAAUUCACAUGUGACAAGUUUUAAUGUAGUGGCAGCUGGAGAUAAACAGAUUCACCAACAAGCUCUAGAUUCAUUACAAUGGCAAUGAAUAGUUGCAUUGCCGAUUAUCAUAUGGAGGAUGGUAUGAUGCUUCGGUUUGUCUUUCCGAAUCUUUAAGGUUUACACACCAAGAGCCAAAGAUGACAUCAUGGAGCUAGGUGGAUUAAUAAUGGGUGAGAAUUGAAAUGCAAAAGGUGGAGAGCUGAAUUUAUUAUCUCUGUAUGAUUCUCGUUUGCAAGGGUAGGUUUGUUUGCUGGCAUUUUUUCACGGCCCCAGCUUUAGUUGUGAAAUAAAAGAGCCCGAAAGUGCCCUCAUUUUGCCUUAUGUUUCUUCUCCAAU